AACCCCAAGAAUACAUGCUUGGGGCACGCAGCAACUUGUGCUGGAACUCUUUCUUGGUUGCUAAUCAUCAGGCGCACGGCAGUGACAGAGUGAGGGUGAGACCUAGAAACCAAAUCGAGAUGGAGAUUGGUGGGUUAGACAGCAACGGCCGUCAGUUCAAGAACGCCGAUGAAAUGUGGAGAGAAGAAGUUGGCGAUUCACAGAAGAAGGAUGAUUGGUACCGCAACGGUGUUGGCUACUGGCAAGGUGUAGAGGCAUCAAUGGAUGGAGUGUUGGGUGGAUAUGGACAUGUGAAUGAGCCUGAUAUCAAAGCCAGUGAGGCUUUUCUCAAUACCCUUUUGACUGAUCUUUUUCCUAAUGCCGGCAGAAAUCAGCAUCUUGUAGCUCUUGAUUGUGGUUCUGGAAUUGGAAGGGUGACUAAGAAUCUUCUUGUGAGAUACUUCAAUGAGGUUGAUCUUCUCGAGCCCGUGUCACAUUUCCUGGAUGCUGCUCGUGAGAAUUUGGCUCCAGAAAAUCUGUUGGUCUCCGGGGAGCAUAAAGCUGCCAGCUUCUACUGUACCCCACUGCAGGAAUUCAGUCCAGAUACAGGACGGUAUGAUGUCAUAUGGAUCCAGUGGUGCAUUGGACAUCUUGCUGAUGAUGACUUUGUGUCAUUCUUUAAGAGAGCAAAGGCUGGCCUUAAACCUGGUGGAUUUUUUGUUUUGAAAGAAAAUCUUGCAAGAUCUGGAUUUGUGUUGGAUACUGAAGACAAGAGCCUUACAAGGUCGGACAUGUACUUCAAGGAACUCUUUACUCGCUCCGGUCUUAACAUCUACAAGUUUAAGGAUCAGAAGGGAUUUCCAGAUGAACUAUUCCCGGUGAGGAUGUAUGCAUUGACGACAGACACAUGGAAAAAAAUCGGCACAUCACGACCAAAACGACAUGCAAAUAGGCCGGGCCUUAUAAAAUGAAGACUUUCCCCGUGCUAGUUUAGACUCUUGUUUUUUGUUAAGGAUAUUAUUAAAGGUGUAAAUGAUACGAGACAACUCGCGAGCUACUGGGGGUCGACUCGUUCAACACUCGAUUCGAAUAGGCUUGGCUCGAACUUGAUUUCGACAUAUUAGCGAGUUGAGUCGAGCUAUCAAAUACUCGACUCGAAAAGCUCGUGAGAUACUCGAUAUUUUUAUUUUUAUUUAGUUUUAAAGUAUUAUCAAUUUUAUAAUAUAAUAUAAUAAAAAUGUCUUAAAUUUU